AUGGCGGCUCUCAACAACGUCAGUCCCGCUCUCGCUGCAGCAAUUGACCAGCUGCCCGAGCCCGAGCAGGCGCUGGAGACCGUGAGGCGCCCCAUCCGCGAGACCAACCACGCGUCCAAUUGGGUGGCGCUUGAGCUGGACAUGCUGAGCAACCACCUUGAGGCAGAGACGGCGAUCUGGGAGGCGACGACUCUCUGCUGCAAGGGCCCCCAGAGAGCAUCAAUCAAGACGGCGCAUUUUCGCCUCGAGUGGCUCCGGACCGAUGGCUCAGAGACCGACUACGACAGCUUGGUGUCCGACGCUGUGAACAAGCUGCAAGCCCACUGCGAAAGCUAUCUGAGACGCUUCAGCUCAAAUUAA